UGACCGAGUGUGUUGUGUUGGAGGGCCUGUGCCGGGUGGAAACAGGUUGCUGCUACAAGCGGCGGCCGGAAGGGGCCGGGGUGCAGUGAGCGGUGCCGGCGGCGUGGGGACGGGGCGAGCGGCGGGGCUCCUUCUCCUGCUCGGCUGGGCCAGCUCUGCCAACACACACACACACACUGUGGCCGCGGAGGAUGGAAUGACUGCUCUCAGGAGAGGCAAGAUGAACAGCCAGAGGCUGAAAUCGCCAUUGGAAAUUGAUCCCUUACAGAGUGACCGCAGCCCCUCCCCAAACCUGGAUGCGAUUGAGACCUCUGUGGAAGAGGAUAGCUUUGAAUCACGCUCACGUGGAAGAGAUGUGAAGUUAAGUGACUCUCUGAACUCUGACGACUUCAAGAAAUUUCACCGCGGAUCUACAAUUAAAAAGUACAACUCUCAGUAUCACAAACUCUUCAAGGAUGUCCCUGAGCAGGAGACGUUGAGGAAAGUCUAUUCCUGUGCUCUGCAGAAAGACAUAUUAAUCCAGGGUCGUCUCUACAUCUCCAGCAACUGGGUGUGCUUCUAUGCUAACUUCUUUGGAAAAGACAUUAAGGUUGUGGCUUCGGUUAUGUCAGUCGUGCUGGUCAAGAAACAUCGGACAGGAGGGCUGCUACCCAACGGGCUUGUGAUCAGGACAAGCACCAAUGAGAAGUACAUCUUCGUCUCCUUCAUCUCGAGGGACAGUGUCUACGACGUGUUGAAGCAAGUCUGCUCCCACUUACAGGAUAACAGUAAGAAGAGCUUGAGUAUGGGCCUGGGUGCAGACACAUUGGAUUCCCAUCCCUCGGAAGACUAUAGGUUACAUUUGGACUGGAAAAGAAAACUAUCUAAUGGCUCCUCAUCCUCACAGCCUGAAACAGAACACCAGUCACUGCUGGGAAACUCCACCAGCAGCCUGAGUACUCCAGAGGUGGAGAGCUCCAGUUGCAGCAGUCAGACCUUCAGAGAAAGACUGGUGAAGAAAGAAAAAAUACUUGAAUUAGAUUCAGUCGAAGGAAUCAGCAAAGUAGAAUACCGAAUCCUCAGGAUAUUAAUUGUCAUAGUCAUUAUUCUCUUGGCAUCCUCCAUUUACAUGACAUACAGAGUUUUCUCACUAGAGCAACAGCUGGGACUCCUGGACGCAGCCUCCCAGUCAACCUCCCACAAGAGUAGGUUCCUGAGGUUUUGAUGAAGCCGUUGGCUCGCAGUGACUCAGCAAAGGACCAGACAACACAGAGGCUCUAUUACCUCUUGUAGUCACUGGAUGGGACCAGAAUUGGAAGAAGCCGUCUACUGCCACUCACAGACUGUGACCAGCUCACGUCUCCAACGCACUGUGUUGUUACCACAGCACAAAGCCUUCAACAUUGGAGGACUUGCACAAAACCCAAAAAGUAGCCUAAUUUUUAAUUUAUUUGUUGAAUAAAUUUCUGAGGGAUUGACAUUCUGGGAUAUCAGUCCAUUCAAAAGGUUAAAGUAUCUCCAAGUCACCUCUACUGCCCUGAUGCUAGGUAAUCCAGCACUGGCUACCCCUAGACUUGAGAGUUCUCCUUGCUUCUAAUCAUUUGUGAAUUGGACACCAGGACCAGUUGUUGACGAGGCAUUUGUGACACCACUCACUGUGCAAUGGAAGACACGGCCUUCUGAUGCAGCAAAGGAGACUGCAGCCGAGCGGAGUGGAGCUCUCAGUCCCCUGCACAUCAUCGGCACCUCGACACUGGAAGGGUGCAAGUUCUGUGUUCCCUCCCCACCCACUGAAUAAACUGUACCACUGACCUGGCCCAGACACUGCCUCGCUUUGUUCCACAUCUUCGCUCACCAGGUACUGGUUGUUACUGUGCUCUCCGCAUCUCGAGAAGAAGCGUUUGCAGCCAUUUACGUUGUGAAAGGACCCACCUUUGGAUUUUAUGUGAAUGUUACAGUAAUUAAAAACAGACCCUUUCGUGUGUUCAGUGAUACAGGGAGACAACGUCUGUUCCUGGUGUGGAGAGAGCGUGGUCAGUGGAAGGAAGGAGGUUGCUGGAGGGAGCGCUGUCAGUGGAGGGAGGGCCAUCCUUGAACAUGAUGGUGAUCAGUGGGGAGUAGGGUCGUCAUUGGAGAGAGGGGUGGGAUGGCCACCGAUGGAGCAAGUAGCAGGAGGGACCACCACAGGAUGCCUUGGAGGGAGAGCCUUUGGUGGAAGGAAAGACCAAGAGCCAGAGAGCAUGGAGGGAGGGCCAUUGAUGGAGGGAGAGUGGUGAGCAGCGGGAGAGCCACUCACCGUACGCUGUGGAUGGAUGUUUGCUGAGUAUCCUGAGAAGAUAAGAAGGCUAAGAGAAGAAAUUGCUUUAAGGUGCAGCGGGCAGACACAUGUCUGUGUUGGGAAGGGCCAGCGGGAUGUGGGAAUGUGUCAGAGUGACGGUGGAGUGAUUCAGCAUUGAGGUGUGAGUACUCAGCAAAGGGGAACGUGGAGCCCCCGUACUGGGGGUUGUGAAAUGGUGAAACAUUUGGGUUGUAAAUCCCAACGAGGUAAUCGGGAGAGUUUUGAUGUACAGGUUGCAUUUCUGACAGUCAAGUUCUAACCUGCAAACCGGGUCUGGGCUCUCCUUGGGCUUCAUACACUGGCUGCACUCUUGCUCAUCAGAAAUACCUGCCUGUUUUUCUCAUUUGGUUUAAUAAAUGUAACAAUGAUGUCCCUGUGA